AUGGCAGUAGCAUUAGUCACUUUGUCGUUUAUAUGCGCAGGUCUGCUCGCGGUGUUCGUCCCAGUCAAGAGGGUUCGCACAAGUAUACCUCAUCUCGCAAUCAUUGUAUGGCUCCUUGGGCACAAUCUCAUUCAUGCGAUUAACGCAGCCGUGUGGGCUGGAAAUGUUGAUAUACACGUUCCAAUAUGGUGCGAUAUAGUUACGAAGGUUCUCUUGGGCAUCAAGGUCGCAUUGCCUGGCGCGUUGAGGACAAUCCUGAAGGAUAGAAGAGUUUUACGAAACCGUAUGAUUUUUGAACUAUUUCUUUGCUAUGUUCUUCCUACAUUAUAUAUGCUAUUGCACCUCGUCAUCCAAGAUCGCAGCAUAGCCCUUAUCAUAUCUGGUGUAUCCAUUCACAAUUCUGGCCGCGUCGUCGGAAUGAGUUUAUCAAAGCAUCUAGAAACGCGCUCGACGAUGACUGCCUCGCAAUUUAAUCGCCAGCUUAUCAUCUGCAUGACCAUGGCCGGAUCUCUUGUUCUGCUCAACCUAUCAACCCUGUUUUCUAUACACUCCUUCGAACCAUGGACGUCCUGGAGUUCAGUCCACGCUUUCAUGACGAAGAUUGAAAUCAUCAAAAAUUCAUCGGACGUCAAGACGGUUCAGUUUUUGUGGUGGUCGAUGUUCGCGAUAUCUGUUCUCUACAUCAUUCUGCUGUUUGCCAUUGCUGAGGAUGGACGUGAUCUCUACCGGUGGGUUAGGGAGCAGGCCACUCGCAAACGCAAGUUCCCUCGUCGCCUCGAGCUACCUCUCUACCUCAAGAGAAAGCCAUCUCUUCCUGCGCCCGAGAUGAUUUCACGCUCUCCAUCUUUGACCAAAUCUCAUAUGCGGCCUCUUACCAUCGAACUCAAAUCGGGCUGGGAGGAUGACCUAUUGGAUGACAAGAAAUCCAAGCGCAGAGGACCUCGAGAAGACGUGAAACCUCCAUCGUUUUCCUCGAGGCCAUCCGAGGGCGUUUUCCAUGACGUGGAAGCUCAAAGUCUUUCAGAAGAUAAGCCAAGACCCGAUUCCCCUUUAAUUUGUGCUAGUCCAACGAUGAGUUGUCGUUCGAUCUCAGAAGACGACCAAAUGUUCAUGGAAUCGACGAUAUCGUAUCUCAGCUCUCCCACGGCAAAGACGCUCGGUAUUCUCCCUCCUCUGCAAAUCCCACCUCCCGCGAAAGCCCCUCCCCCACCAUUGGCAAUAGAGAUUCCGCAGAGAGCUGUCACGCCUCCGCCUGCGCUUAAGCCGAAGUCCAUUCUCAAGGCACCCCGAUCCCCACCUUCCAAACCGGUGCCGACGGACAUCGACGAACCUAUCAACUCAGUCUUCGACGCGGCCUGGCCUGUUCCUCCCCUCUCUCCUGUCCCUACGAUGGCCUUCUCCACGAAGCGCGCCCCCCGCCCGCGUUCUCGGUCACACUCGCCUGCUUCUGCUGCGCAGGAAGUUGGGUAUCCUUUAUGUCAAACAUCAACUCCUCCUCACAGAAGAGCCCGCCCCUUUGAAGGUUCGAGCAUCUCGUCCGUUGACUCGGAAAUCAUCCCAUCACCCCUAUCACCAACUUCAAGGAAGGCAGCGCACAGACAAACAGGAGUAUAUGGGCUGCGUAAAGUCUGGAGCAAGGAACGCCUUGGUCAGGGUUCUCCGGCCUCUCAAGCUAUCCAUAUGACUGUUGUAAAGGAGAUCGCAUAA